AUGGCAGACCCUCGUGAGACCUGGCAGAAGCUUCAGAAUGCCAUCCAGCAGCGGGGACGUGGAGGAUUCGGUGCAGGUGGUGGCUUUCCUGCCGGCGGAAAAGCUUUCGGGGGUGCUGGGUUGUUGAUUGCACUGGGAUUGGGAGGCUAUGUGCUUUCGAAUUCUCUUUUCAAUGUUGAUGGUGGUCACCGAGCGAUCAAAUAUACAAGAAUAAGUGGAGUGAAGAAAGAGAUAUACAAUGAAGGUACACAUUUCCAGAUCCCAUGGUUUGAGACACCUAUAAUCUACGAUGUCCGAGCGAAACCACGAAAUGUCGCUUCUCUUACCGGCACCAAGGAUUUGCAGAUGGUCAAUAUAACCUGCCGUGUACUAUCACGACCGCGCGUUGAGGCGCUUCCACAGAUCUACCGUACUCUCGGAACAGACUUUGACGAGAGAGUUCUUCCAUCCAUUGUCAACGAGGUUUUGAAGAGUGUGGUGGCUCAAUUCAAUGCCAGCCAACUUAUCACUCAGCGAGAGAGCGUUGCCCGUCUUGUACGAGACAACUUGGCCAGACGUGCUGCACGCUUUAACAUAAUGCUUGACGAUGUAUCUCUAACGCAUCUUGCAUUCUCUCCCGAGUUCACUGCUGCCGUUGAAGCCAAACAAGUUGCCCAGCAAGAAGCCCAGCGAGCAGCUUUCAUCGUUGACAAGGCCCGCCAGGAGAAACAAGCCACUGUCGUCAGAGCACAGGGUGAGGCCCGGUCUGCUCAGCUUAUUGGUGAUGCCAUCAAGAAGAGUAAGAGUUAUGUUGAGCUACGAAAGAUCGAAAACGCCAGAAAUAUUGCCCAUAUCUUGCAGGAAGCCGGUGGAAAGAACAAGAUGUACCUUGAUUCCGAAGGUUUAGGCCUAAAUGUUACCGCUCACGGAGAAGGAUCUGAUUAA